CUUGGAUCAUUAUCUGUUACCACAACAUGUGGAAACCUUCUUGUAAUGAUCUCCAUCAUCUACUUCAAACAGCUUCACACUCCUACGAACUUUCUCAUUCUCUCUCUGGCUGUGGCUGACCUGCUUGUUGGCAUUUUAGUCUUUCCUUUCAGCAUGGAAGUCACUGUAAGUUCAUGUUGUACUAUAAAGGAUUUAUUUUGUAAAGUACGAGAGAGCUUUGAUGUUACACUGAGCACAGCUUCUAUAUUGAAUUUAUGCUGUAUUUCCAUAGACAGAUAUUAUGCAGUGUGUCAGCCUCUGACAUAUACAACUAAGAUAAAUGUUCACGUUGUUGUGAUCAUGAUCCUGGUGAGCUGGAGUGUUUCUGUUUUAGUUGCAAUUGGAUUUCUAAGUGCUGGAUUAAACCAUGAAAACUGUGAAGACUGUUAUAUUGAUGUAUUACUGGCAAACAUUUUGGGACCUGUUUUCUCAUUUUACCUCCCAGUGAUCAUAAUGCUCUGUAUCUACCUGAAGAUUUUCCUUGUUGCACAGAGACAGGCACGAAGCAUACAGAGCACAACCUCUCAGAGCACAAAAUCCAGAGCAACUGUCAGCAAGAUGGAGAAAAAGGCCACAAAAACUCUUGCAACUGUUAUGGGGAUUUUUCUAAUGUGCUGGACUCCUUUCUUUCUCUGUUUCACCUUUCAGCUUUUGAAUAAUGUUUCAGUGCCAGUUGCUGUGGCUGAAACGCUUAACUGGCUUGCAUUGUCAAAUUCAAUGCUCAAUCCAUUCAUAUAUGCUUUAUUUUACAGCUGGUUCAGAUCAGCUUUCAGAAUGAUAAUUUCUGGGAAAAUAUUUCAAGGUGAUUUUGCUAACACUAAACUGCUUUGA